GGCCCCAUUAAGCAUAUCUACUCUCCUACUUUUUGCUAAAUGCGCCAACCCACCCCAACCCACCCCCAUAUCUCGAUUCUUUAUUUAGAUUUCAUUGUCCAUUAGUAAUCACAUAAAGAAUUUACUGAAUUUUUCGUUUUCUUUUGAGAGAGAAUGGGAUUUCUCCCAGGUCCUAAUUUGCCAUGCCAUGCCGAUGAUCAAUCACAAUAUAGCAAUCUUGGUUCAAAUUCUUCCUCUUUUAAUUCUUCCCUCUCGUCCCAAUCAAGUUUACUAUCGAUUCCUUCUCUAACACCCUCGACUCAACAAAUUGAACACCCCGCCCCAGCCUGCCACCACCUAUCUACCCUCAAAGGCCACUACUCCUAUAUUUUCUCCCUUGCCCUUACCGGAAAACACCUCUAUAGCGGCUCUUCCAACGGUGAAAUCCGCGUAUGGAGCCGUGAUCCAUCGUCCUCAGCGCCCAAAAAUCCGUUAUCUAAUACAGUUGCGGAAGGGUACAGUGCUGUUAAGUCCAUACUAAUCUUGGGUGAUAAGCUGUUUAGUGCUCAUCAAGAUCACAAAAUUCGUGUAUGGAAAAUUGAUCACAUCACACCCCAUCAAAAGUACAAGUGUAUUGCAACAUUACCAACGGUUAAUGAUCGUUGCAUGAGAUUAUUUUCUGCUAAGAAUUAUAUACAAGUGCGUAGACACAAGAAAUGCACUUGGAUACAUCAUGUUGAUACAAUAGCAGCACUGGCUUUAUCAAGAGAUAGCUCUUUACUCUAUUCUGUUUCAUGGGAUCGAACAUUCAAAGUAUGGAAAACCUCGAAUUUCGAUUGCCUAGAAUCAAUGUGGAAUGCACAUGAUGAUGCAAUCAAUGCCAUUGUAGUGUCCAAUGACGCGCAUGUCUAUACAGGUUCUGCGGACAAAAAGAUCAAAGUGUGGAAGAAAAAUGAAGGGGAAAAGAAGCAUUCACUAUUAGCUACACUAGAAAAACACAAAUCAGCAGUGAAUGCUUUGGCUUUAACAAUAGAUGGCUCGAUUUUAUACUCCGGUGCUGCCAGCAAUGGAUCGAUAAUCGUCUGGGAAAAAGAUGGUAGCGACGGCCGCCAUAUGACUGUGGCCGGGGCUCUAAAAGGGCACAACAAAGCUAUCUUGUGCUUGACAGUUGUGUCAGAUUUUUUGUGCAGUGGAUCAGCAGAUAAAACAGUUAGAAUUUGGAGGAGAGAAAUUGGAAAAAGUCAUUCUUUGUUGGCAGUUUUCGAAGGACACAAAGGUCCAGUUAAGUGUUUGGCUGCAGCUGUAGACAAUAAUCAUACUAGGGAUACAACUGGUUCCGGAACUUCGUAUUUGAUUUACAGUGGAAGUUUGGAUUUUGACGUAAGAGUUUGGCAAAUUUGGGUUCCCCCAUUUUAGAUGUUUCCUCAGGCAAUCUAGUACUUAUAAAAAUUGCGGUUUUAGCAUUUUAUUUCUUGAGUUUGUCGCUCUAGCAGCGCCUUUGAAGGUAAAAAAUUUAUGGGUUUGAGUCAUGUCACUGUACUGUCGAACCAUAUCGAGUGCGAUCGCAAUUUAUAAUAGUUUUUGGC